GUCAUAAAAAUUCUAAAUUAUGAUAAACGCCGUUUAUCCAUUGAGGAUAUCGACGAACUUGAACUGCCUGUUUAGGACGUGGAUUAUUGUGCUGUACUUUCUGCAGGGCUGUCCUCAGCUUAACACGGGAAUGGCGUCACUAAUGGACCGCAGCGAUAUGCUACUCAGGACAGCCUUUUUCCUCCUCUCCCCGCACACCCCGGACAAGUCAGCGAAGGGGGGCGAAGGGGCGAACGCACUCGACAAGCAACAGCACGGGGGGAGCGAAAAGGCGUCCGACAGUGGCGAAAAUGGGGCCGCGUCCGACGCGUUCAACUACUUCGAUCACGGCAGCGACAGCGAGGAGCUGCUGAAGUACUACAAGAUGCCGAUGCAGUUCGGGACGGAGAACUACACCGAGGUGACGUCACAGAUCGGCAGCACGGCGCACGUUCCCUGCCGGAUCCAUCACAUCGGCGAGGGCGUGGUGUCUUGGAUCCGGCGAAAGGACUACCAUCUGCUCACCGUUGGCUUGACGACGUACAGCAGCGAUGAAAGAUUUAGUGCAACCCACCUGCAAAAUUCAGAGGACUGGACGCUGCAGAUAAAGUUCGUCCAGGACCGGGACGCCGGAUUGUACGAGUGUCAGGUGUCAACACACCCGCCAACGUCAAUAUUUUUGGAGCUGAAAGUGGUCGCGGCUCGAGCGGAAAUAGUUGGACCACAGGUGAAGUAUCUGACACCCGAUUCCACCCUGAAGCUGAUAUGCCGGGUGGUGCAGAGCACGGAAGCGUCGGCGUUCAUCUUCUGGUACCACAACAACCGCAUGAUCAACUACGACCUCGACCGGGGCAUCAACGUUUCCACCGAAGCCGAUUUCCACUACUCGGAGCUUACGAUAAACCAGGCCAGCAAGGAGCACUCGGGAAAUUACACCUGCGUUCCCAGCAACUCACAGCCCGCCAGUGUGGUUGUACAUAUUUUCAAAGGUGAUAAUCCGGCCGCGAUGUACCACGAGCACCGCAGCUCGUCAACGAUUCCCUACCGGGAUCGGUCGACGAUGGCGUGGUUUUUAGCGCCGCUGCUGUUGCUCCUGCUUCGUUGCUGGCAGCUGACCGCCCUAACAACAACCGCCACGUGCGAUCCAUUUUACUGGCCUCCAGGUGCUUGCCCGAAGCCUGGCAUCUGUAAGCCGCAUCGAAGUUCCGCUCCGGUGUCGGCAUCGGAUCGCGCACUACGCCAAUCUAAUGACCUGCCCAGAGCGGGCACUAACAGCAGCUUCCGGAUGGUGCUAGUUUGCCACGGGGAAUAGAUGAAACCAUCCACGGUUGACCACAAAAGCAACCGGCAGCUAGCAGUGUGCAACAACGAUUAAAGUAACGAGCGUCGUACCGCCGUCAGGAGGACCGGAAAUUUAAAGCAAAUACGAAACAGGAUCCCUGAUCCUUUCUCGGCAGGCAUGCGAGAAACUUUACACAUUCUGUUUGAUAUGUUUAAUUUUAACUCUUCAUUUGACCAAACUUAACAUGAUACAAAUUUUCUGCAGUGUAAAAUAAACGCCAAAAUUACCGCGAAAAGUUUCAUAGAAUAACACGUUUUGAACGGAUUCUUGGUCUGCGGGAAGUAACUGUAGAGCAUUGCGCCAUGACUACAUGUUUCCAAACAUUAUAUGUUGUUCAACUGCGUUACGUUGUGUGAUAAUUUUCUAGUACAAUAAUAAUAGGAUAAAGCAAUGAUGUUACAUGUCACA